AUCUUAUAUUUAAAAAUAGGUCCAAUUUAUAAUAUUUUUUAUAUUCACUUAUAGUUCCUAAAAAUUUGUUUUUAACCGCUAUAUUUGGAUAUCACGAUAACUAGUAAGGUGUCAUGGGCCUUAAAAAGAAUAUUUGUUUGUUUCGUGGACCUGUGAGAAGUUAUGUCUUUGAAAAUUUCUCAUUGUCUGGCGAAAAUAAUAAUAUCUGUAAGAAGGGACAUGUACUUUACUCUUUCAUUACAAAUGGUGAGUCGUAUUUUAAAACUGUUCAUGAAAUUAAUCAGUUAUUUAACUUAAAGACUUGUAAAGUUCAACUGAGGAGUGUUGUGAAUGCAUGCAAGAAAUGGACUUUUAACUUUAAAAGAGAUUAUAAUAAUAUCUCAAUUUUUUGUAACGAGCCCUUUGUAUGCGCAACUCCCAUUGUACAAAUAGCACAGCCAUUACAUACUAACACUAUUAGUUCAAUAAACCCUGUUUCAUUAUCAUCAGUGGAUUAUCCUGUCGAACAAAACAUUAAUUUAUCUUUAAAAAAAGGCAAACCUUCUUCUUUUUUAAAUUAUGUAAAAAAUAAGCCACGUUUAGAUAUGUCUAGAGAAAAUUUGAGUCCGAGAAAAAAAAAACUACGUACUAGGUUAUCAUAUAUAUCUUCAAUGUUAGCUAGCACUUCUAGAGGAAAUCGAAAAAAAAUAGCAUUAUUAAAGGCUAAAUUAGGCAGCAUGCCAUACAGGUUAAAAGUAUUAAGACAAAGUGUCAAAAGAAAAGAAGAUAUUAUAAAAGCCUUACGACUCAAAGUUAGAGACCUAAAAAAAAAAUUAAAAACAUAUCAUUACAAUAGAGUUAUUCACCAUUUGCAAGAUGCAAUAAAGACAAGAAAAACUAAAGAAAAAAAAAAAUUGCGUGAAACGAAUAUCCAACAUAAUAAUGAUAUUAGGCAAAAUACAAUGGUUAUUGCAAGUUUUGAAAAUGAAUUAUUAGAAAUGGAAGAGAGCAAAAUUCCUGUUAUGUCUGAAACUGAAAAGUGUUAUCCUUUAAACAUUAGGCUAAUAAUUUAUAGCAUGUUGUUGUCAAAUGUGCCUACAGGUAACAUUCCAUUUUUGUUAGAGAAAAUUAGCCAGUAUUUUGGUGUGGUAAUUAAUAACAUACCCCAUCGCAGUACUGUUGAGCAAAUGGCUCGUGAAUUAGGUAGUAUAUCAGAAUUACAAGCAGCAGAAUGGGCUAUUCACUUUACGUCCAAAGAUAAAUGCCUUGUUAUUGCUCUGGAUCAAUGCCCCGGAGGAACAGCUGAUGAUUACGAAAAUCAUAUUUGUAGGGCAGUAGAUCAUCUAGCUUUUGUUUAUUCAGAUUUUUAUUUACGUAAUUAUGAUGAGUGUCGUCAAUUGAUUAUUAAAAAUAUUUCCAACACAAUGUCAGACAGAGUUGCAGUUAACCAUCUGACCAUAAGCAAAGUUAGUGCAACUUGGGGUAAAACUCUGAAUGAAUUGAAUUGUCAUUUGCACCCUCUUGAUACAAUUGCUACUGAAUGUCGCUCAGCAUUGAAGUGUCUAGAGACAGAAAAGUGUGAAUUAUUUGGCAAUGAUUGUUUAGCCGUCAAAAUUGUUUUGGCUAUGAAUAAGAUGAGGUUUAAAGACGGUAAAGGUGAUCCAGAGGGAUUUGUUACUUUUUUAGACCACAAAAAACUACCUAGGUGUAUCAUUCCUAGAUAUCGGGGAAACCGUCUCCAUAUUCUUUUUCAUACUUGCUUUAUAUUUAUUAAACACUAUGAUGAUUUUCUAAAUUUUCUCAUCACAGGAACAGUAAAAUGUGGCAGUUUGCAAGCAGCUCUGCGAGCAGCAUUUUGUAAUGCUACCGCUAUAAAACAGAUGUGUGUGCUUGGUGUAUUUGGGAAACUGCUAAGUGGUCCGUGGAUGACUAAGUUUUAUGUAUCAGCUGAGGAUGCAAGUUUUGAUCAUCUCACUGGUAUUCAGAUUGUAAAAAACAUUUUGGAAACAGUUAAGCUUUGCAAAUCUAAUCCGGCUGCAGUGUUUUGCAGAACAACUGAUUUUUUCGGGGAAAUGCUUCCCUCAAAUGUUUUUGAACCAAUAACAAAUUUAUGCUGCAUUGAUGAUCAGGUUAUCAACAUGACUUCAGCUUGCCUUAAUGCAGUGGAGGAUGUAUUGAUUAGACAAUAUAAAAAGUACUUCUCCCUUUCCAUUACGGAGACACUUAAGCAGGAAACAGCUAGUGCAAGGCUUCAUAAUAUAGAUAGUGAAGAGUUAAUGGGUAUGUUUAGUGAAUGUAAAGGAAGAUCCCCUAAUGCAACAACUUGUUAUAUUUCUUGCAAAAUAAGAUCAAAAAAGAAUAGGACUAUUGAUUAUCUUGAUAGUUUAGAUCAACUAAGUAGAGAAAAUGUAGUUAAGUGGUCCAUUUUUACAGCACGUAAAGAAAGAAAGAGAAAUCGCCUACAACAUGCUCAAAUUCGAUCUGUAAUAUAUAAGAAACAGACAUGCAAGCGUCAAAUGUUGGAUGAAAAAGAAAAAAGGAAAUUAGAACGAAAACUUAAAUUAAUGACUUUCAGCCAGAUUAAGAAUUUCUAUAAACAAUUGUCUACAAAGCAACUGGAUGAUUUAGAUGAUGUUAUGUCUGACAGAAUUGUUGGUAGAAAACUAUGUCAUGAAUGGUAUGACACUGAACAAUCUAAGAAUGUCAUAUACGAUGGUAGAGUAGAAAAAGUAAAAAAAAGAUUGCAAGACAGAAUUUACACAAUCUCUUACUGGAAAAAAGAUGAAACUGAUUCUGAAGCUGUUGAUUAUUGCAUGAAAAAAUUCCAGCUGGUCGCAGAUGUUGUUUCAGGAGAAUUAAUUUUUUCUUAAUGUUAAUGUGUAUUAAUUGUUUUUAAUGUUAAUAUGUAUUGUUUUCAUAAUUGUAUAGUUUAUUAUGUCCAAAAUAGAUACUGCAAAUGUUAUAAAUUAAAAAGUCUUAACAUUUGAAAAGUACCGCAAGUGCUGUGACUUGCAAAAAGGUAACCAGCAAGUGUUGUGACUUGCAAAAACGGUGCCGCAAGUAAUGUGACUUGCAAAAA